AUCUACGCAGAGCAGCUCAUUUCGCUGGGCUACGGCUACCCGCUAUGGGUGCCCGAUCCCGCCCCAGGACAAGCCCCCAUUCAGAUCGGCGAUGUAGGAUGGGUGCACGAAGGCGAGUUUCACGUCUUGUUCAACGCUUUGCGGGAGGCACACGUCGCCCAGCCGAUGGACGCAGUCCCUGCCAACUUCGCACCUCUGAACCCCAAAGGACUUCAAAUUUGGGGACCGCGCGAGAAGAUUUGGCAGAGGGUCUUAUGCAGCCGUACCAUUCAUCGUAGGGAAAUCUCUGGCGGGGCCAUGGUGAAUGGUGUUGAUUUCAAUUUCCGCUGCUCGGGGGAUUCAGGCGCUUUUCUCAUGGUCAACCCACGCGCGAUGACGCACGACAUUCUCUCGGAGCGCGCUGUUGCAAACUACAUGAACGCGAACUUUGACAGCUGGCUCAGCUUUGCCAACGACACCGUAGGGCUGAACAUCCGAGAGGACGACAUCCGAUUUGUCACGGGAACGACGACAACGGCCCAGUGGGCAGUUGCAGCGUUUCGAAGCAGCUGCCGGAACAAGCAGGGUACGCUCACUUGUAGCCUUGCGGGCACGGGGACGGCGAGCUUUUCCAUGUCGAUUUCGGACGAAGCCCUCCCAACGAGUCAUUACCGCGUCGGGCCACCGAAACUACAGCCUACGCAUCCAUCUCCACACACCACACGUCCCGCUGGAAUGCCGUCCGAGUCUAUUCUCCCACAUUCCCCCGAAGAAAUGACUUACGACCAGUGCAUCUUCGUUCACACCCUAAAAAGGAAGAAGCGA